UCUCCCCAGCAUUAAACUAAAAUUAAAUAAAUCCAACAACCCAAAAGGCACAGCUAAUCUUAAGCUCGACAAAAGAGCAUUUCUUGCUGUUUCCGGUACUCGCAGGUGUUUUCUUUCUUUUUUCUUUUUUCUUUUUUUCGGACCACUCCAGACACCAGACCGGACUCCACACUCGUUGACUCCACACUCUCGCAAGAAAAAAUGGGGAAACAGAACAGCAAGCUGACCCCUGAAGUGAUGGAGGAUCUGGUGAAGAACACAGAGUUUAACGAGCACGAGCUGAAGCAGUGGUACAAGGGAUUCCUGAAGGACUGUCCCAGCGGCCGGCUCAACCUGGAGGAGUUCCAGCAGCUCUACGUCAAGUUCUUCCCUUAUGGCGAUGCGUCCAAGUUUGCCCAGCAUGCCUUCAGGACCUUCGACAAGAACGGCGAUGGCACAAUCGACUUCAGAGAGUUCAUCUGCGCACUGUCCAUCACAUCCCGGGGCAGUUUCGAGCAGAAGCUUAACUGGGCUUUCAACAUGUACGACCUGGAUGGAGACGGCAAAAUCACACGGGUGGAGAUGCUGGAGAUCAUCGAGGCCAUCUACAAGAUGGUGGGCACGGUGAUCAUGAUGAAGAUGAACGAGGACGGCCUGACGCCCGAGCAGAGGGUGGACAAGAUCUUCUCCAAGAUGGAUAAGAACAACGACGAUCAGAUCACGCUGGAGGAGUUCAAAGAGGCGGCCAAGAGCGACCCGUCCAUCGUAUUACUGCUGCAGUGUGACCUCCAGAAAUAGGCCGGAGGGCGAGCGGAGCGCUCCACCAGCCGCCACGGACUGCACAGAAAGAAUUUCAUGUUCCAUUCAGUUUGCAGCUAUUUCCACUGAAAAAAAUCUCUAUAUAUGCUUGGACUACCUUUCAAUGGAUCUGCUUCUUGUGUUUGAAACACUCGUGUGCAUGAGAAUGUUAUUUGCUAUUAAAGAUCUACACACAACAUACAACUAGUGUGCAGGUGCCAACGGUACGGGUGCGCACUCACAGUACAAACACACAUACACACAAACACACAACUCUCACUACAUAUAAACACCUCGCACAAUUAUUAUUAUAUAUAUA